CUCAAUCACCCGCUCACAUGUACGCUUGACUGAUUCUCCGAGAGAGAAAGAGCUUCAUCUUUCGAAAUGAUUACCAAACUGGACAGUGUUCUCUUGACUCAGAAGAAGUUCAUUUACCACUAUAAGAACAUGCGCUGGGCUAAAGGUCGCCAUGAGACCUACCUGUGCUUUGUGGUGAAGAGGAGGGACGGCCCGGACUCGCUGUCCUUUGACUUCGGCCACCUGCGCAAUCGCGCUGGCUUGCAUGUUGAGCUUCUUUUCCUAAGCCACUUGGGGGCGCUGUGCCCAGGCCUGUGGGGUUGUGGUCCCGGGGGUGUUCAGCUCUGCUACUCUGUGACAUGGUUCUGCUCCUGGUCCCCUUGCUUGGACUGCUCGCGUCGCCUGGCUCAGUUCCUCAGCCAAACCCCAAACCUCAAACUGCGCAUCUUCGUCUCUCGCCUGUACUUCUGCGAUGCAGAGGACAGUGCCGAGAGGGAAGGGCUGAGGAUCCUGAAGAGGGCAGGGGUCCAGCUCUCUGUCAUGAGCUACAAAGAUUAUUUCUACUGCUGGCAAACCUUUGUAGCCCGCAGAGAAAGAGGAUUCAAAGCCUGGGAAGAUCUGCACCGAAACUCGGUCCGACUAGCAAGAAAACUCAACCGUAUUCUGCAGCCCUGUGAAACUGAAGAUUUAAGAGAUGCAUUUGCACUCCUUGGAUUCUGAAUCAUCAACUUCCUCUCAUUCUCCAUUUUGAUGAUCUCCAUGAAAUAAUGGGAAUCUCAAGAUUGUAACUGUAACACGGUGCUGUCAAAAGUCUGCAAUAUCCCUGAAACUUGAAUUUACUCUCAUGUGUAGCAUUAAUGUCGUUUAAUGUACCACUGUAUUGAUUGCCAUUAAAGCAGUGGACUUCACACGGAAAA